AUGUUGGUGUCAUGGGUGACACCAAAGGGUCAUAUUUCACCUAUUAAAUGCAAACCGCUUUCAAAAUAUGUUAAAUAUAUUGUGUUAAACAAAUACUUUCUCAAACUAUCACAUUUUAACGCAACAAGUUCAUCCAGAAGUCCAAAUUGCACCAGUCGUUUGACAUGGAAGUCACAUUUGCAAGUGUUAUUACACAAAAUCAGAGAAUCUGAUUUUGUCACUUUCGAUGUGGAGUACACAGGGCUACAUGUAAAGGAUGAAAGGUUCAUUGGCGUGUCUAAAUGUUACCAGGCCCACUCCGUUGGUGCCAAAACUUUCAUGCCCUGCCAACUUGGUCUUACCAGUGCUAAAUUCAACCCAGACACUAACGCCUGGGAAAUCACCCCUUCCUCAAUAUACAUCUACCCGAGCCAGGACCGCAAUUUCCAGGUCAGUACCACGGCACUAAAUUUCCUAAGGGAUAAUAACUUUGAUUUCAACCAAUGGGUUAACCAUGGAAUAGGGCAUCUCACACCUAUGCAGGAAAAUGAGAAAAAGAACUCGAUACUCUCCAGAAUUAACGAAUUAGAGCAAUUAAAACAAAAUUCCACCAAGUCAGUGGACAAAACACCCACUUCAUUUGAUUUAUCCAGUAUUCCAGAUGAGAAAGAUCGAGUAGUGGCCGUUGCUGUUAUCAAACAAGUGGAAGAGUGGAUCCAGAAUGACGACCCCAAGCCACUGGAAAUCAGUAUGGACAGUGCAUUCCAGCGCCUACUUAUGCAUACAAUCAUUGGACACGAGUUUCCUACAGUUUUCAGCCACUCAAUCAAGAGGGAAGAUCAGAGAAUGCUUUGUGUCUACAGAUCCCAAGACGAAGUAUACCGGGAGCAAAUGAAUGGUUUACAGCUAGAGCUUGACAAUCUGGCUGAACAAGUUGGCAUUAGAACGUUGUUAGAUUGCAUUGCUGAAUGUAACAAGAUCGUAGUUGGACAUAACUGUUUUUAUGACAUCUUGCACAUUUACCAGUACUUUUACGGCGAUUUACCCGAGUCAAUUGAUGAAUUUAAGCGUAUAUGGAUCAAGAAAUUUGCGCAAACUUUUGACACUAAAUACAUUUCUGAAUGCCAUCCAACCCUUUCCUCGCUCCAACUCCCCUCCACGCUGAAAGGACUGUUUGAGUACAUGUGUGCCGUGGAAUCAUCGCAAAAAGAUAAGACAAAGCUACAAAUCAACACGCUACCUAACACCAAAUGGAUUUACCCUGUUUGCAUGCGGGGACUGAUGGAUACAGUGUGCCACAGCGUUGAUGAUUUGGAAGAUAAGAGCCAUGAUGCUGGUUACGACAGUUUGAUGACUUGCAUAAUAUUCAUUCUACAAUCCAAUUAUAUCUUAAGGGAACAAAACUCCCAGACCACCAAGCUGAGUUCAAUUGGGGACACUAUGUCAUUAGCUCUUAAUCGCAUACGACUGGUGAAAACACAGCCGAAUAUGAUUUAUCUGAAUGGCUCAGAAACAGACACCGUUCGCCACUUUUACAUGUGCAAUUUCCCUAGCAACUGGAAGAAGUGGGAGAUAAUGAAGGCAUUCUCCCCGGUGUGGAUAUCAAUACAUUGGAUCAAUGAGACUUCCUGUUGGAUUGUGGCCAGAAACGAUGAAGAUGUUAGAAAUAUCUCUCUGAUUUACAAAAUGCAGAAGAAUCCUCCCUACAGCUUGUUGACCUACGAGGAAUACUCACAGAGCGUCAAACCUAAUGGAGAUGGAUAG